CGGCUGACUCAUAUUAGUGCAUGAUAGUCUACUGAGGAGUGCGGACACGCGCUUUGAAAUAAUAAUUUUGACAGUGCUGUUCGCGCAGAUCCGUUCUAUUUCUUAGUUUUGAUUUUCCACUUGACCAUCAUCUAUCAUUUUUCCUUACCGUCUCGUGCCUUCUGAUGCUAUUAUUACGCUUUGGCGUAUGCUUGAAUAUCUCUUAUCUGCUCGAGUGUUUCUAGUGUUUCGUUUCGAUUGUGCGAUCCUCCUUACCCUUUGACAAACUUAAUUAAUCCGGUUAACUCGGUUGUCACUUCCUCGUGAGGAAGAGUCAUGUUACUUGUGCAGUGAAAUGGCCUCGAAUGCACAUAAUUACGGAACUAUUUGGUGUUUCAGUGUUCAGUGACUUCUCAGGGUCUUUAUUAUUAUUUAUUAAACGUGUUAUACUCGAGUGAUAAUUAGCAUAAAAUGGUUUAUCAUUGGCAGAGUCAAAAUGUCAAGGUUUCCGGAGUGGACGACAUGGUGUUACUACCGAAGGUCACCGAGGAAGCCAUUAUUGAAAAUCUUCGAAAACGAUAUAUGGACGAUUACAUAUUCACAUGUAUCGGACCUGUUUUGGUAUCGAUCAAUCCUUUCAAGCAGAUGUCAUAUUUCGGUGAAAAAGAAAUAGAAAUAUAUCAAGGAGCCGCACCAUACGAGAAUCCGCCCCAUGUCUACGGGCUGGCAGAUGAAAUGUACAGGAAUAUGCUGAUUGACAGCGAAAGUCAGUGCGUGAUCAUUAGCGGUGAAUCCGGAGCUGGGAAGACUGUGGCAGCCAAGUACAUAAUGUCAUAUGUGGCGAGAGUGAGUGGCGGUGGGGACAGAGUGCAGAGAGUGAAGGACGUAAUUUUGGAAUCGAAUCCACUGCUGGAAGCUUUUGGAAAUGCAAAAACCAUGCGGAACAACAACAGCAGUCGAUUCGGAAAGUACGUGGAAAUGCAAUUUUCAUUGGGUGGCCAACCCAGUGGUGGGAAAGUAUCGAAUUUUCUGCUCGAGAAGUCACGCGUGACGUCACACAAUUCUGGCGAGAGAAAUUUUCAUAUAUUUUAUCAACUCGCCACAGGCGCUAAUCAACAAAUGAAAUCGGAUUUCGGAUUGACUGAUCUCGACUAUUAUCACUAUUUGAGUUAUGGCGGAAAUCACAAAGUCGAUGGAACCAAUGAUGCACGGGACUUUCAAGAAACCUUGAAAGCCCUGAGCGUGAUGGGUAUCGGGGACGCAGAAGUGACAGAUAUAUUGAAGCUAGUAGCAGGGAUAUUACAUAUCGGAAACAUUCAAUUUAUGGAAAACGGAAAUUACUCCCAGGUCGCUGAUGGGCAGUUCCUUGAGUUUCCUGCUUACCUUCUUGAGAUAUCCGCCGAGCAAUUAUCUCACAAAUUGAUCUCGAGACAAUUUGAAUCGAAAUGGGGCAGCCAAUCAGAGAAACUUGACGUUACUUUAAACGUCGAGCAGUCACUUUACACAAGAGAUGCAUUAGCCAAGGAUGUGUACACCAGGCUCUUUGAUUAUUUAGUGAAGAGAGUAAAUGCGGCAAUGGAGACCACCGGCAAUGAAUUCGACAUCGGAAUCCUGGAUAUAUACGGAUUCGAAAUUUUUGAAAGAAAUGGAUUCGAGCAAUUUUGUAUAAAUUUUGUAAAUGAGAAGCUCCAGCAAAUCUUUAUUGAACUUACUCUCAAGGCUGAACAGGAGGAAUACGUGGCUGAGAAUAUUAAGUGGACGCCAAUAGAUUAUUUCAAUAAUGCUGUGGUCGUCGAAUUGCUCGAAGGAAAACGGCCGCCUGGGCUUUUUCGAAUUUUGGACGACGUCUGCGCCACGCUGCACAGCGGAAGUACCGGAGCAGACACCGAUUUGCAGAAGAAAUUAGCCAGUGCCGCGAGCAGUCAUGCUCAUUUUCAAAAUACCGGCGAAGGAUUCACCAUUUUACAUUAUGCCGGUAUCGUUGCUUAUUCCGUCGACGGAUUUAGCGACAAGAACAGGGACGUUCUUUUUCCCGAUCUGAUAGAACUUAUGCAAACUAGCACCAAUUCCCUCGUUCGUAAUCUCUACCCGCAGGAGAAGGCUGCGGAUACAACGAAAACGCUCAAGCCUCGACCUACCACGGCUGGUAGUAAAAUUCGUAGUCAGGCAAGUCGUCUGGUUGGCCAGUUAAUGAAGUGCACGCCGCAUUAUAUACGUUGCAUCAAACCGAACGAGACGAAAAGGCCUAAAGACUGGGACCAGCUCAGAGUGAAGCAUCAGGUGGAAUAUUUGGGUCUCAAAGAAAAUAUACGAGUACGUAGAGCUGGUUUCGCGUACAGAAGACCGUUCGCCAAGUUUCUUCACAGAUACGCCAUAUUGACGAAGGAAACAUGGCCGCAGUGGACAGGCGACACGAAACAAGGCGUGGAGUGGAUAUUGGCGAGUGUACAAAUGGACAGAAGGCAGUAUCAGUUAGGAAAAACGAAAUUAUUUAUUAAGGCACCGGAAAGCUUGUUCAUGCUGGAAGAGGCGAGAGACCGGAAGUACAACACGCACGCUCGAGUGAUACAGAAAGCGUUCAAAAAGUAUUUUGCUAGGAAGAAGCAAGAGAAGGAAAAACAGGAAGCUGCCAAUUUGUUCUUCAGUCGCAAGCAACGUAGACGUGGAAGUGUCAACAGGAAUUUCGUAGGUGAUUACAUUGGUCUCGAUGGUAAACCGCAGACUAUGAAUCUGAUUGGUAGAAGAGAAAAGGUUUUCUUUGCUGAGGUGGUUAAGAAGUAUGAUAGAAGAUUUAAGGUGUGCAGAAGGGAUCUCAUACUAACUGGAAAGUGUCUGUUUCUUAUUGGUAGAGAACAAAUAAAAAAGGGGCCUGAAAAGGGUAAAUCGAUUCAGGUAAUCAAGAGGAAGUUGCCUUUUGAUCAGAUUAGUCACGUAUCCCUGAGCACGCUUCAGGAUGACUUUGUGAUAAUUCACACAAGAGAAGAUUACGCUAGCUUACUGGAGCUUGUCUUUAAGACUGAGUUUCUCUCUAUUCUUAGUAAAAAGUACUUGGCUGAGACCACCCAUUCGUUGAACAUCAAGUUCAACAAUAACAUAGAAUUUAAGGUAAAAAAGGAAGGCUGGGGCGGUGGCGGUACCAGAGAAGUUAAAUUUGUUCAGGCAGAUAUUGGCGACCAAGAAGUACUAAAACCUCAUGGUAAAGUCUUAAGUGUUACUGUCGGCAAGGGUUUACUCAGCACUACCAAGCCGAGUCCGAAUCGAGCAUCGACAAUGUCCAUACCUCAAUCUUAUAAGUCUAAAACGGAAGCCCAUCCUGGUGCGCAGCCCUUAAAAUCAGCUCUGAAAAUACCAAGUCGUCCUGCUCCGCGUUCUACUGUAAAUCAGCAACGACCAGCAGCACCAGUCGGUCAUCAGAAAUCAUCAUCAAAGCCCGGUUCACUACCGAACAGACCAAUAUUGCCAGUAACGUCAGGCUCGACAGCGGCAGUUGGCGUCGGUGCUGCUGGGUUUGUAGCCAAUAACGUCAAACCAAACUUACCAGCUAAUAGACCAAACGUUAAGGCGAAUCAAGUACAGAAAACAAAGAAGUCCGAUAUAAAGGAACCAAGUAAGCUUCAGAACAUUUCGUUGCCGGUGAUGGGAAUGUUCACGAAUCCUGGCGGUGGCCCGCGGGGUUUGGUAAAAGCUCCCCCACCACCGUCCGACCCAGCACCCCCGAAUCAACCAACUGUUCAUGGAGCGUUCAGGCUCCCACCGAUCGGGGGUGGUGAUUACAACACUGUCAGUACUAACUCUCAUAAUAAGGAAAGAAUGACUAGUAAUAUUCCGGAAACAAGGCCAUCUACCAACGACGCCGGAAAUGCAGUUGCAAGUACGAGGGGCUGGGAAAGACCUUUGCCACCUACGCAAAGUUUACACCCACCCUCUCACAAACCGCCCACUCCCAGUUUACCAAAAGUGAAAGCUCUCUAUGAUUAUAAUCCUCAGGAUCUCGACGAGCUGGGUUUUAAAGAAGGGGAAGUCAUUGAGGUGUUGAGAGAACACGAUGGCGGCUGGUGGCAAGGAAGGUUGAAGGGUAAAAUUGGUCUCCUCCCAUCGAAUUACGUUAAAAAAGUAUAAUCUGGCAUUUAAGUCUGUUCUACGAGGCGUGGUAUCCAUAAAAGCAGACUCUCUAAAUUUAGAUAUCGUUUUCGCUCAUGUUGUAUAUAAUGAUUUUGUAUUUUUUUUUUUAACUUUCAAUCAAUUGCUAUGAAUGUACAUGCACGAUUCGUCGAACUUGAAUGUUUAAUUCAGUAUACUGCCACAUAUAUAACCAAAUUAUACCAGUUAGUCAUGCUUCGUUAAGACAAUGGAUACAUUAGACCUAGAUUACGGGAAGUAUUAAUUACUGCUAAGUGGUAUAUUGCUUAAACAAUGACGCCACACUUAUUAUUUGUUUAUACGUACCUGAUAGUGAAUCUAAAGCUGAAUUGUUCAGUGGCAGGCAGAUAUACAUCGAAUUGUUGUGUGAACACGGUGUUCUAUACGUUCAAUCCGUCUUACGAUCGUUGGAUAAAAUAUUGAUUGAUUGAUUGGUUAUUCAAUGUAACAGGUGCGUCUAUCUUGUUUUGCAUGAACUUACCAACAUAUAUGAAGGAUUAUACAACAGUUAAAAUGCCAUAGCUUUGCGAAUAAGUUUAUUCGCUGAUUCCAAAGAUAGAUUAUAUGAUUAACUGAUAAGAGUGUGUUAAUUGUUGUUUCAAAAUUAUUUGCACGUUUCUAUACCCGCAUAAUGUUAUUCCUUGUUUCUUUUGAACCAACGAUGAAAUAUUGUAUUUAAUAUUCGGUAUCUUGUUCUUAAUCGAUAACGAAUCGUGAACUUUCAGUAGCAUAGCAGAGGUGAGCGAGGUAAAAAAAAAUCCAUACAUUUUUGUUGUAUGGGAAAGAAUCGAAAACACUGAAAUUGUAUAAUAUCAACGCAGAUUUCUGUGCAACUCUAGUAAUUUAUGGUUUUCAUUGUAUCUUUAUCCUGAAAUGGUUAAUUAUUUGACAUGAAGGAACCACGAUUCACAUACCCGGCGAGCCGUGAAGCUAUAAACCAGUCAACGUAAACUGAAAAUAAUAACGUAUAAAAGAGCAGGUAAUCAACUUGCAAAUAUUGCGUUAAAGGUCUCAGAAGUCAUUUAUCAACGGCGUGUACACGUUUAUAUGAUGAUUGUAUAUAAAUUUACUGCCAUUGAUAAAUCUUUGUUAAUAAAACCAUUACCAAAGUUAAAA